GUGAACAAUCCUGCAUUUGGCCCCCGCUGCGAGGCAGUGAUAGGAAGAGCCGACAUCGAAGGAUCAAAAAGCUACGUCGCUAUGAACGCUUGGCAGCCACAAGCCAGUUAUCCCUGUGGUAACUUUUCUGACACCUCUAGCUUGAAAUUUCCCAAAGACGAGGAGGAUCGAUAG